AUGCCACCUCCCGGUAAUGAUUAUUUUAUUGACUAUAAUCCACGCUUCCCAAUAUUUGCUACAAGAACGGCAAAAGGCCUUGCUAUUAAUAGGGUCUCAGAUCACGCUAGACUUGCAGCAAUUCCCAUAAGAAAUAUAAAUUUAGUGGCAAAUUACAAUUGGGACACGGUCACUGGUAAGUUUUUGUCCAUUUUCUUUAAGGAUGGAACGAUCAGAAUCCAUGACAUUUUCAAAGAUGGCCGACUGGUUUCAUUUUUGAGAAUACCGAGUACAAAGAUAUCCAAAGGUACAUGGGACCGAAUUCCUUUAGAAUCCGAAUCAGGUAAUGGAAAUUUGGCGUACAAUAUUAUUGAUUAUUUACCAAAACUAAUAAGAUAUGUGAAGGAUUCCAAAAGAAUUAACAUUGUCCCUUAUACUCCACCGAAUAGCUUAUGGAGAGGUCCAGACGAGGAUGAACCGGAAAACAAUGAAAAACUAGACAUUCACAUAAUAUUCAACGAAGGACACGAUAAAAUAACUGUUUUUUUUAAUGGUGACUACGCUAUAUUUGUGCCAGUGGGCGCUGAUGAGAACGAGAGGUUUGUAAAAUCGAUUGUCAAAAUACAAGAUGGCUUUUACCACUGCUUUUACGACGAUGGAACUGUACGAACUUUAAAUUUAGGACCAUUAUUACGGAGUGAACCAUCGAUGAACAUACUAAAGUAUAUAAUGGCAAUAAAAGAGCUUAUAGGUUACUUACUUAAUCAUAUUGAGUUCAUCAAUCGGGAGCUUGUAACACCCUAUUUGGAAUUUGUCAAUAGAUUAUGUGAUGAAGCUUACGGAUACGAUAAGUUAAUAUCAGAGCUAGAAUGUCUGUUUUUACUCGGGGAAGUUUCAUGUGACUUAGAGGACUGGUUAUGCAAUUCUGUAGGUGAGAAAAACUUCAAGAGAUGGAAGUGUUUAGGUUGUGAAGCUUAUCAAAAAACUACUCAGAUUCUGACUUUGAUAUUUGUGCCUGCCUGUGAAAGGAUCAUUAUUUUUGUGGAGAAAUUAAGGGGUAUAUUAGAAGCUUUCUCCAUACAGAAUAAGUUUAACGAUUCGUCAGAUUUGACAGCUGUUGAUACUCUUUUAAAAAAUUCGCAAGAAUUGUUAACUAUUACAUUAAAAUCAAUAGUAGACUUGGGGAAGGAUGAAACACUUUUUGAAACGUUCUUUAUAUGGCUUAACGAUAGAAUUCAUGAAGUGCUGGACGAAGAUUAUAAACUCAAAGUUCAGUUUGAAGACGAUCCUUACUUUGGGUAUGAUUUACUAACCUACUUUCACAACAUAUCUAACAGGGGUGCAGAAACUAGCCCGGUUCUCAAUAUGAAGCUCUAUAGAGAUCUAAUCAAUAGCAUGUCUGACAUGGAAAAAGAGAUCGCAGAGAGUAAUGUAAAUUCUCAUAUCCAACAGCAUAUUCUGGUGGAAUCGAGGACAGACGUCUAUUCAAAAGAAUAUCCGUCUUCGCAAAUAUAUGUAUUUGAUGCUGUAAAAUUACCGAAGCACAAUUACAUACUUUACCUCAUUCAGGUAACGGAACAAAAGCAUACUCAAGAAGCUCCUUCGGAGGGAAGCAUAGAGAAACUAUAUAUAGGUACCCUGAAGGAUGAUAAUUUGGAUGUUAUAUCGAGAGAAUCGUCGAUAAAGAUUCCAGAGCUUUUCGAGUUCUAUAGUUUUAGCGGUGCAAGAUUUGUGCUAAAAAAGGUCCCAAAUUUAAUUCGGGAAAUUGAACUCUCAGACGGUAACUAUGACUGUGAACAUAAUGUCGAAUAUAAGGAAGGUGAUGACGAAAAUGGGGAAGAUGACGGCGCAAUAACUAUCCCCACCUACAUCACGUACAAUGAAAAAAGUGAAGAUUUCAUAGCAUGCACUGCGAAGAUAUCCGUGGACGGAAGAAGUGCCUCCUUAGUGUUUCCGAAAGGAAAAUGA